AUGAUGAAAUGGCAUAUACUCUGUGUGCUUAAGUUUCCCUGUGGGGAAUGCUUGCCACCUGCGAACUUCGCCGAUCUGACAAAUACCGGUCCUUAAACUAUCCCUAAACUGGCUCUCACAAAACCUGUAGAGAAUUGUUUGCUAAAGCUACUAAAAUCAAUUAAAGUUUUUUUUGUGAUGAAAUUUUCUUACUUAAAGCAGAUAACUUAGUCACCCUUGUAGCAGAAUAGGAAGUUUUGAAAAGCGGAAUAGUACUCAAUGAAAAAUUCACUCAACAAACUUUCAACGCCGAAGAUGGAUCAGCAGCCCCAGGAAUGGAAAGUUAGCGGAAACGUCAAAGCUCGGCUGCAGCAUCUGCUGAAAACUGAAACCUGGACGGACUGCCACUUUCUGGUCGGUCCGGAAUCAAACUGCAAACUGAUUGGUGCCCAUAAGCUCAUACUGUGCAUAUCAUCACCCGUCUUCCAGGCGAUGCUGCGUGGCGAGCUGGCCGACAACGUUGAAACCAUUCACGUUCCCGACGUUGAACCGGGGAUUUUCGAACUGUUGCUAAAGUACAUUUACACCGACGAGGUCAGCGCUGGAUCGGUGGACGAAGCCAUCAAAUUAUACUAUGCAGCGGAAAAAUACAUGCUGCCAAUUGUUACAGAUCACUGCCUGGCAUAUCUACAGUCGGCUAUAAAUCCCGCGAAUGUUUGUCGCAUUUACGAAUUCGCAAAGUUUUAUAGACACUCAAAUAUCACCUAUAAUUGUUUGAAUUAUAUACGAUUAAAUACAAAACAAGUAAUACAGCACGAAAAUUUCAUGGAGGUGGAUUUAAAUACGAUUAUCGAAAUAUUCGACCAAGAAAAGCUGGCCAUUGACAACGAAUUGGAUUUGUACAGGGCACUGUCUAAAUAUGCGUUAGAACACGAUUUGUGUCCAUCGAAUGAUUCGGCGGUGGUAAAAACUAACAACCCCGGUAAAGAACCGGAAAAACCAGCGGAAAAGGGGCAUGUGAAAAAAGUGUCAUCCAACGGUGAAUGCACCACCACAGCCGACGACGACAGUCGUAAGCCAGUAAACUCUGCGAAAAUAAAACUAGCGGAAGCGGUCUCAAUCAAGUCUGACCAAGUUGUUAAACCGACCGUUCGUGAUGCUCUUCGUCGUAUUCGCUUUCUCACAUUGACCCCCCAGCAGCUUGCGUCUGAGUUUGCCAAAUUGGAUCUACUGAUGCUAAAGGAGUCGUUUGCUAUUUUAAUGAAUGCUCAUACCGUACCGGACAAUGGUUUUCCGAUGCCGGAAGGAUUUAGUACCUCGAAAGCCGGCAGGAAAUAGGGAUAAGGAUCCAGAUUUUGGGCGGCAAAAUGAAUUCUGUUUACAAUGUUAAAAUAUUCGGGUUGAAUCCCAAACUUUUUUCAUUUUUUUUUUCAAAUAUUUGUUUCUGACUUAAUUGAAUUUUGUCGAAUUUUAUAACGAUUUUGUUAACAUUUUAUCAGUGCAUAUCACGGUUUAAUUACACAAACAUUUGUCAUAUGUCUAAUGUCGAAUGGUGAAUAUGAACGGAACUUAUAUUAAUUGCAAUAAAAUAUUAAUUAUUUUUUCUCUGUA